AGCCUAAUAAUCGCUUACUCAACAUAUGCUCCAGCGGUUUGACAUUUUAUUGAACAAAAAAUAAAGUCUUCUAUUUUUUUCCCAGGCCCUGCUGCAGGCACAUGAUGUGGUCGCCCGCGAGGUUUACGGUGAAGAGUCUUUGCGCGCGUCUCCGCCUCCAGUCAAUGGUCGCACCACCGCGCCACCGCCUGAGGAAGACGAUGACACUGAACCUGAAUUCGAGAACGUGACAAGGGUGCGCCUCGUGCAGUUCCAAAAGAACACUGACGAGCCAAUGGGCAUAACAUUGAAACUAGCGGAUGACGGCCGAUGCAUCGUGGCUCGCAUCAUGCAUGGGGGCAUGAUACAUCGGCAGGCAACACUUCACGUUGGAGAUGAAAUCAAGGAAAUCAACGGAACACCCGUCGCGAACCAGUCAGUGGCGCAGCUUCAGAGAAUGCUGCGCGAGGCUCGUGGUUCGGUGACAUUCAAGAUCGUUCCAUCUUACCGAUCAGCUCCUCCACCAUGUGAGCUUUUCCGGAUAAAGCCUUCGCCCGUGCUAAUCUUCGUGAGGGCUCAAUUUGAUUAUGAUCCUCUGGAGGAUGAGCUCAUACCUUGUGCACAAGCUGGCAUCGCCUUCAACACCGGCGACAUCCUUCAGAUCAUAAGCAAAGAUGACUCUCACUGGUGGCAGGCACGCAAAGACGCAUCCGGCGGCUCCGCUGGCCUCAUACCUAGCCCUGAACUGCAGGAGUGGCGCGCGGCAUGCGCCGCCGCCGAAAGAUCUACCACCGAUCAAGUGAACUGCUCAAUAUUCGGGCGCAAGAAGAAGCAGCCCAAAGACAAGUAUUUGGCCAAGCACAACGCGGUGUUCGAUCAGCUCGACGUGGUCACUUACGAGGAGGUCGUCAAAUUACCAUCUUUCCAACGGAAGACAAUAGUGCUACUAGGCGCUCAUGGCGUUGGACGCCGUCACAUCAAGAAUACGCUGAUCGCACGUCACCCAGAUCAGUACGCCUAUCCAAUACCCCAUACUACUCGUCCACCAAGAUCUGACGAGGAGAAUGGGAGGCAUUAUUAUUUCGUGUCCCACGAAGAGAUGAUGGCCGAUAUUGCUGCUAACGAAUACUUGGAAUAUGGAACGCACGAGGACGCAAUGUACGGGACUAAGCUGGAGACGAUUCGACGCAUCCACUCAGAGCGUCGCAUCGCUAUCCUGGACGUUGAGCCUCAAGCGUUGAAGAUACUGCGCACGGCGGAGUUCGCGCCUUACGUCGUGUUCAUCGCCGCGCCGCCGCUCAAUAAUGUCGCUGAUUACGACGGCUCCCUAGAGGUGCUUGUACGUGAGUCUGAACAGCUCAGACGCACGUAUGGCCAUUACUUCGACCUGAGCAUCGUAAACAACGACAUAGACGACACACUCGCACAACUAGAGGCGGCACUUGCUCGUUUGCGGUCCACCCCGCAAUGGGUGCCGGUGUCGUGGGUCUAUUGACAAACUGAUUAUUACCUGUAAACAUAUACCUGAUUAUUUUAAUGGGCUAUUUCACAAUGUUAAAAAUAAGUCAUCACUUUGUAAAAGUUUGCAGGGAUAUAUUCUAUUAUUUUAUUAAAAAACACUUUAAAAAACCGUGAGAGGAUUAUUUAAAGUUUUUUUUUUUGUGCCUCUGUAAAUGUCAUGUCAAAUUAUGUUAUUUUACAUUAAUUUUCAACAUCUCUAAAAUAUAAAUCUAAUGAUAUUUUAUUUACAGAUUUAAUACGGCAUAAACGUAGGGUAAUGGUGGUGACUCCCUACUACUUGCAUAAAAAUUUAUUUUUGUUUUACAAUAUUUUUUAUUUAUAGUUAUACCUAUUAGAAUAAAAGUUUUUAAAACUUGUCAAAUAGCCCAUUAAUUUUUAAAACACAUUGGUUAAGACAAUUCUCAAAUUGACAUCACACCAAUGUAACUCGACUUUUGACUUUGUCUAUAAAUGUCUUUUCCUUUUCUCACUUAUUAUAAUUA